AUGAUGCCGAGGGAGAAGACUGCGAUGAAGAAGGUGAAGUGGGUUGAGAUUUGGAACUCGUUUUGGUUAUUGGAGCUGAGGAGGUUGAGGAUGGCGUCGUCGGUGGUGUUGAGGAGCAGGAAGGCGAGGUCACUGUUUGAGACUAAACUUGUCACUCUUAGCAACGAGGGUAUCUCCUGGUUUGCAGUCUUGCAUGCCAUACCUUUUGAGAACCUUUUCGAUAUAGCCCUUUUGUGA